AUGAGCGUUUGUAUCCUGGAUGCUGCGGGCAAGAAUUCUACAUUGAUGUCACAUUCGAUCUAUCGCUACGUCGUAAAACUCUAUUUUACACUGUUAAUUUGGUAA